AUGGAGCCACUUUCGAGGAAGCCAACCAACUCGCAGCGGCUACCGCCACCAGCUCUAUUCCAGGGCCCUCCAUCCCAUAAUGCUUCCAACGUCUCUCUUUCCAUCCCACCAGCCAACCCUGCACUUGCGACACCCUCUGGUAACCAACCUCCACCGCUGCAUCGCAGCCGAUCACCCGGUGAUAGAGAAGGCGGAAACCGCGGUUUACUCUCCCCGUUCAUUACCCGACGGCCAUCCAAAAACGAUGUCGACAGAUCUGACGCCAUCUGGCAAGAGAUGCAAAGCGCCUUGUCCGAGGUAGAGCUGAGCGCUGUAACAAGCGAGCACGUCUUCGGCGAGAAGCACGCCGAGGCUCUGAAGGACUUGCGCACAAAACAAUUGAAUCUCGCUCAAGCCUGGGCGCGCAGCGAGGCAGAUGACGAAGUUGUGGAUUCUAGUCGCAAUACUGCAGACGGGGAGAGUGUUCAGCGUCAAGGAUCAGCUGAAGCUGCAACAAAGGAAGAGGCAGCAGAGCCUGUGCCUGGACGAGAUCGUGUAUCACAUCGCACGUUGGAUGAGGAAACGGAGAAGGAUAUUAUUCUUGCGCGGAAGCGCCGCGAUGCAAAUGAUCGGUACUUUGAUCGGGUGAAUCAGGGUGUGUUGGAUGUGGUUGCGAAACUUGAAGAGGUCUCGCAGGCCAUGCGCACGGUUGAGCGCGAGAGCAAGGAUAUCUGGAGUGAUUCGGAUAGCGUGAUUAGUGCGCCGCCGUCUACGAGUGCUGGGUGA